AUGCCCUCUCUAGAUGCUUACUGCCAACGACUCAAGGAAUUGUAUGAUGAGUUGAAAGAUGUGGGAAGUCCGAUCACCGAAAAGAGGUUAGUGAUUCAACUUGUUCGUGGCUUACCAUCCGAGUUUGAUAUUACAGCCGCUCACAUCAAUCAAACUCUACCUUCUUGGGACGAUGCUGUUGAAAUGCUCAAUCUUGAGGCUGACCGUCAUGCCGCGCGUGACAACUCGUCCAUUCUAGGGCCAGUGCCUGAAGCUCAUGCAACCAUUCAUAAUAUUGGAUCCAGUUACAAUCGCCAGCCAAAUAGAAACGGCCCAAACAGACCAAAUAAUAACAGGCCCAACAACCGAUACAUCCCUCGACCCAAUGCAAACCAUCGCCCUCAGCCCAAUCAAUCAUCCACCACAGCCCACAACUCGCAUUCGGCCCAGCGCACAAGCAGACCCCCACAACCCAAUCAGCACCCUCCAUGGGCCGACCCAUAUCACCCACCACCGUCACCAUACUGGGCCCCAUAUUGGGCUAGCCCAUACUAG